AUGUUUUCAAAGGCGCCCCGCUUCCCGCAACGGCCGCCAGACGAGAUACCCGGGCCAAACUCGUACGACCCCACCGAACCGCAGGCGCACUGGAAGCAGGGCGUCUUCCCCGACCACGCCGCCACACAGCCCCGCAAGGCAUCCUCAUCCGCCGCCAAUGGCGACAGCCGGCGCGUCCUCUCCUCGUCGACCAAGGCCAACAUGCCACCCUCAGCCACCGCCAGUGCGACAGCGACAGCGACAACGCAGCAAAAGCACCUCGCCAAGCUCGAGCAGCACCUCGCCCGCGCCACAUCGACCAUCGACGACCUCACCCACGCCAGGACCCAGCUCGAAAACGAAAAGACCGACCUCGCCACCGAGCUACGCCUCGCACAACAGCGAGAGGCAAAGCUCAAGGCCACGCUCGAAAAGUCAGAGAGGGCCUCGGCGGGCCUAAAGGAAAAGUCGACGCGCUACAACGACCUCCAGGCCAGGCUCGAGGAGCUUCAGAAGCUCCACGCAGAGUCCAAGGACAAGCGCGCCAGGGAGAACAAGGAGCUCAGCAGGGCGCUCGAUGCAGAGAGGGAGAAGCGGAAGGCUGCAGACGAGCACGCCGAAAACCUCGAGGCCGAGGCUCAGAGGUGCAGGGACGAGGUACGGGCAGAGAGGGAGCGCGGAGAGAAGGCCUCCGAGCAGCAGCUCGCUCGACUGCGCAAGCUCGAAAACGAGGUCGAGGGGCACAAGCAGACACAGGCCAGACUGCGCGAGCAGCUGCACCAGUCCGAACAGCACUCGGCCCAGCUGGUAAAGACACUCGACGACGAACGACGCACCCUCCGACAGGCAUCGGAGCGAGAGCAGCAGGACCUCGAGCACCGCGUCGAGGAGCUCCAGGCGCUCCUGCAGCAGGCCGCGGCAGGGCGAGACGAGGUGCGACUCGAGCUUCAAGACGCCGAGGCCGAGCACGAGCGAGAGGAAGCGGUGCGGUCGCGCAACCUCGAGCUCGUCGCCCGUGCCGCCGGACUCGCGCUCGCACAGCAAAAGCAGCAGGCAGACGAGGAAAAGGCCGACCUGCGCACCCGGCUGCUCGCCGCGCAGCGCGAGGAGCUGCGCGUGCGCUUCGUGGCGCAGGAGAGGAUGGACCAGAUCCAGGAACUCGUCCAGGUCGUCCGGCAGGUCCAGGACGACCGCGAUGCGGCCAAGGCGGUGGCCAUCUGCGCCGACGGCGAUCUGGCCUCGCUGUUGCAAGAGCGGCGCCUGGACCGUCCGGCUGGCAGCGGCGCUGCGACCGAGUCGACUUCGGAAGACGAUGGCGAUGGCGACAGCUGUGGCCCUCAGGACGCCCUCAGCGACGAGGACGACACCGAUGCCCUCGACCGCCUGUUCGCCUCGGACGCCGCGGCGCAGGCGCUGGAAGAGGCGCGCUUCGAGCUGUCGAUCCAGGCCAGCCGCACCGCACAGCUCCAGGACGAGAUCGCCCACCUGCACGACACGCUGCUCGACACGGCGCGCGAGCACAAGACGACGCUCUCGACGCUCUCGCAGCUGCGCGCGCAGCUCGAUGCCGCCGUGGCCGAUUCGGCCGCGAGGCAGGCGCAGGUUGACGCUCUGGCCGCGCAGGUCGGACAGGGCGAGAAGCACCGGCAACGACUCGAGGAGGCGCUCGAUGAGAUGGCCGAGGCGCGGCGACAGCUCAAGGUGCAGGUCGAGGCCAACAAGGGGCUGGCGAGCGCGCUGAGCAAUGCCAAAGUCGCCGAGGCGGCGCUCGUCGAGGAGCGGAACAGUCUGACAACGACGGUGGUCGAGCUGGAAGCCUACCGAGAAGAGUACGAGCGUCUGUGUACGCAGACGCGCGUCCUGGUGGAUCGGCACGCGCUGGCCGAGACGGAGCGGCACGCGCUGACGGAGCUGACGACGUCGCUGCUGCGGCACACGAACCCGGCGCAGAAGAUUGUCUACCUCGACCGGAUCCGCCGGCAGCUCGACGAGGUGCAGGCCGAGAAUGUCGAGAUCAAGGUCGAGCUGGAGCGGGAGCGGGCGUGGAGGGUGGAGAUGGAGGCUGAGCUGAGGAUGUACAAGGCCGUCGAUGCGCCGCUUUCGCAGCGGCAGCGGCGCGCACCCGACCGAGGACAUCGCUGA